UAGCUUAUAUGCCAAAUAAAUAGAACCCAUUUAUUUCGUCAGGCUUUGACCAGCUUUGUAGUCAAUAGCAAUAAUCUAUGGAGUAAAAUAUGAUAAUAGUCCAUGGCAGCUUGAACGAAGUAGGCCGCCUCUGGCUGACGGGGUGGACGCGUUGAGAGAGGCUGCUGUGGUAGGCCCUCUCCUCCUCCCUCUCCACGCUCGACUGGGUCAGACUACAUUUUCCUUUUACCUCUUUUACUUAUCUUCAUUUCAACAAUAUUGCAUUGCAUUGCAUUUCUUCUUCUGCAACACCACUUCCCUCCACAAUUCUGGUCUUUAUGGCAGGAGCUCCUUGGUUCUCAUGGCUGUACUCUUUUGAAGUCUUGCGGUAGCGAACUUUUCACUUAAUUUGUUGUCGACGGAUUCUAAGGUGGGCUUUCUGCUGAUUCCUUAUUAAUUUAUGUAUUGCAUGGAAACCUGUUAUGAAACCCUAAGUUGGAAAGAUGGUUGAUCAUCAAGCUCAGUUAUGAAACCCUAGGUUGGAGAGGUGUUGAAUUUUGAUACCCUGUUGUGGAAAGGUCUUGAACUUGUUCCGAAACUCUGCUUUUGGAACCCAAAUGUUUAUUCUAUAAUUGUAAGGGAGUCCUUUGGGAAUUGAGAGGAAUGGCAGACAGUAUGUCAAUAGAUGAGAAGUCAUGGCAGGAGCUUCUGAGAAAGAUGCUGCCUGCCGGGGCACGGAUACCUAAUCAGGAAGAGCUGGAUUAUUCAUUUGCCAUGGAGUAUCAAGGCCCGCCUGUUUCGUACGAGAUACCGGAAGUUGAUCCAGUGGAUGCUAGACAAAUUCCCACUGCAGCUGUUGCAGGGCCAGUAAUUGACUCACCACAGUUGCCUGUUAUCCAACCGAUACAAAAUGCAUCCCCAGUUAAAAUUAAUCACUCAACAACAAAUUUUCAGCCUGAUAAGAGUAAUUUUGCUUUGGGAAAGACUUUUUCCAAAAUGAUAUUCAAACGGAAGCCUUCUGAUAUAGAAAAUCCAGACUCUCCAAAGUCACCUGAUUCUACAGUUUCUCCGAAAUCUGCUGGUGAUUCAUCACCAGCCUCCACUGUGCACGGAGGACCAAAUUUGUCACUUUCUCCCAGCUUUGCGUCUGGGAUUGCUGAUGGUGAUGAUGGCGCGAUCAGUGGUACACCUAGAACCGAUGGAAGCCAACAGUUAGAUUCAGAAAAUGCUGGAGCAAAUAAGUCCUCAAAACUCUUGGAAUUGGAAUCCGAUGGUGCUCGAGGUCGGAUGAAGUUUCCCAGGAAACUGUCCGUGGAGAAAGUCCACCCACAUUUGGAAUCUCAUAAUGCCGGAAAAUACGAAACAUUCAUUGAGGAUAACCCUGAGGAUAAAGCCAAUCCGGGACAAGAGUUUGCUAGCCUGGGAGAACAUGUGCAGUCAGUUAAGGAAUUAUGCGUGGAAACGGACCCACAAUUGGAAACUAAUGAGGUGGGAGAGAGUAUGGAGAAGACCACUAUAUAUUCAGAAGUAAAUGGUACUGCAGGCCAGGAUCCUCAUGAUGCUGGAAAUAGUAGGAUACCUAUUAUAGAUGAACCUCAACUACCAUCAAAUUCUGGUAAUGCUGGGGAAAAUUUAAAUGCAUCGACUUCAGGCCUUCUAGAAUCAAAAGCAAGAUCAAAUUCGGGAGAAGUCGAGAUAUCUUCACAUACAGCAGUUUCCACUGAGCCUGUUUCAUCUGAUUGUGAUCAAUCCAUACCUUCUCCAUUUCACGGUUCACCUGAUGAAUCACUUGACUCUGUUGAUAAGAAUUCAAACAAAGGACAAGCAGUUAUAUCAGAAAAUACUGAAGAAAGGGAACUGGAGGGUACUGGUUCAGGCCAUUACAAUUCUUCAGGCACACCACUGGCACCUGAAACUAUAUUGAGAGACUUUCCAGAAUCCAAAGCAAGAUCAGAUUCAAGAGCAGAGGGUAGGUCUUCACUUGCUAUAGAUUCUUCUCGGGUUCUUUCAUCUGAUUCAGAUGAAUCCUCUCCCGCUGCACUUCAUGGUUCACCUUCUGGAUCAGUUAACAUAGUUCACGAGGAUGCAAAGAAAGUAGGAGCAGUAAGAUUUGGGGAUACUGAAGAAAUGGAAUUAGACAAUACAGGUUCAGGCCAUCUGAAUUCUUCAGAGAACCAUAUGGUGCCUACUUUAAAUGGGUUUGUUGUAGGCAUGCCAGAAAAUGAUGAUGGAAUUGCCAAGCCACACAGGAAGAAAGGAAUGUGCUAUAGAUGUCUGAAAGGGAAUCGGUUGAAGGAGAAAGAAGCAUGCCUGGUUUGUAAUGCCAAAUAUUGUGGCAAUUGUAUCCUCAGGGCAAUGGGCUCGAUGCCUGAAGGGCGCAAAUGUUUACGCUGCAUUGGCCGGCCUAUUGAUGAGUCCAGGCGGUCAAGCUUGGGUAAAUGCUCCAGAAUAUUGAGUCGCUUGUUUAGUCCCUUGGAAAUUCAACAAAUCAUGAAGGCUGAGAAAGAAUGCCCAGCAAAUCGGCUGCAACCAGAAUAUUUAUUUGUUAAUGGAAAGCAACUCUGGCCAGAACAAAUGGUCAUUUUACUUGGUUGUCCUAAUCCACCCCGCAAAUUGAAGCCUGGGCGAUACUGGUAUGAUAAAGUAUCUGGUCUUUGGGGCAAGGAAGGACAGAAACCAGACCAAAUCAUAAGCGCACACUUGAAUGUUGGUGGAGAUCUUCAAGCUGACGCUAGUAGCGGCAAUACACAUGUUUAUAUGAACGGACGAGAAAUAAGUAAAAUUGAGCUCAAAAUGCUCAAGUGGGCAGGUGUACCGUGUGCGGACAAACCUCACUUUUGGGUGGAUUCAGAUGGCACAUACCGAGAGGAAGGUCAGAAUAAACCCAAAGGAAACAUAUGGGGAAAGGAAGGAACCUUUGCCAAGCAGGCAGUAAUACGACUAUAUUGCUCUUUUCUGUCGUUACCUGCACCUCGUGGCAAUGCUGUUGUUGGACCAGAAGAUAUGAAUAAUCAGUCAAAUAGAUCCAUUCCAGAAUACUUAGAGCAGAAGAAAGUUCAGAAACUUUUAUUGCUGGGAUAUGAGGGUUCUGGCACAAGUACUAUUUAUAAACAGGCAAAAUUUCUCUACAAGGGGGACAAAUUUUCACAGGAGGAAGUGCAAAAUAUUAAGUUGAUGAUACAAAGUAACCUGUACAAAUACCUUAGUAUAUUGCUAGAGGGACGUGAACGCUUUGAGGAAGAAAACCUGACUAGAAGCAGUGCUCAUCAAGUGCAGGGUGGACCUAGCACAUCAGAGGAGAAUGAACAAGAAAUAGGUUCCCAAAAUGUUUUUGCCAUCAACCAAAGGUUGAAGACCUUUUCUGAUUGGCUUCUGAAAAUUGUAGCAAUGGGAGAGUUUGGUGCUUUUUUCCCAGCUGCUACACGUGAGUAUGCACCAGUGGUUGAAGAGUUGUGGAGAGACCCAGCUAUUCAAGCUACAUUUGCUAGAAGGAAUGAAUUGCACAUGCUUCCUGAUGUUGCUAGUUAUUUCUUGGAGCGGGUUCUUGAAAUAUCAAGCAAUGAAUAUGAACCCACAGAUACAGACAUUUUAUAUGCAGAAGGUGUGACCCACACCAAUGGGCUUGCUGUUGUAGAAUUUUCAUUGCAUGAGAAGAACCCAGUUUCAGAACCGUACAACGAUAAUUUUGAUUACCAUUAUCCUCCUGUGAGGUACCAGCUUAUUAGGUUGAAUUCCAAAGGCUUGAAUGAAGGCUGCAAGUGGCUGGAAAUGUUUGAGGAUGCAAGGGCUUUAAUAUUCUGUGUUAGCAUUGGUGAUUAUGACCAGUUGUGGGCUGAAGAUGAUGGUCCACUCAGAAAUAAGAUGAGCUUGAGCAAAGAGUUGUUUGAGAAUGUUGUUAGGCACCCUUGUUUCAAGAAUACACCAUGUGUGCUGUUACUCAACAAAUUUGAUGUUUUUGAAGAGAAAAUCAACAGAGUUCCUCUUACUGAAUGUGAGUGGUUUAAGGAUUUCUGUCCCGUCAAGGCACACCAUAAUAAUUCGUCACUGGCUAAUCAUGCAUACUAUUACGUUGCAAUGAAAUUCAAAGAGUUAUAUGCAUCAAUUAGCAACCGCAAGUUGUUUGUAUCACAAGUCAAGGCUCGAGAUUGCGAUACAGUAGAUGAAGCUUUCAAAUAUAUACAUGAAGUCCUGAAAUGGGAUGAAGAAAAAGAUGAAUGCUAUAAUCGUGAUGAGUCAUUCUUUACUGAUACAAGUUCAUACUCCCCUAAUAUAGUACAAGAGGUUUGAUUCUUUUCAAAGAAUGGUCUAUUUAUCAUUGUUUACAUGCUGUUGAGAGGAGGGGAAGGUAAUCCUGAUGAUUAAUUACCACAAAGAGAGUACUUCUAAUCCAUCAGAACAGAGGAUCAGUUCCUAGUUGGUUUCCACAUUUAUAAUGGGGGUGUUGUAAUUUUAGUUAGGAUAGAAAUAUUCAGCAUGUUACGAAAGCUAGAUUGUGAUAUGUUCUAAUAGAGGUGUGUUCAAAUGCAUGGACGGCCACAUGGAUGCAAUUAAUUUUUUAUCUGUACUUUCAUCACAUAAUCCAUAUUUCACAUGUGAAUCUGUCUAUGGGAGCGUCAUACCGAUGAUCCAUGUAUGCAUGGAAUUAGAUCUGAUUUUCAGAUCAACACCUUUCGAAGUACAAAUUGGUCACCAUGGUCUCUGGGAUCAAAGCUACUACCUCUCAAACAAUUCCUUCGGAUAGACAUGGCAAUCUUAUGCUAAAUUGUUGGAUCCCAUUGCCCUUUGUAUACACGAGUAAUGUAUUGCAUGUGAUUUGGAUAUUGGCAGUUGAAUAAUGAUCACGAAGAAUGUGUCGGAUUAUUUUGUUUC